AGACGCACAUCUGUAGGGCUUAUUAUCGACUAAUAUGAAUUAAACUACACGUCCCGACGUCGUGCUACGGGUCCUUGUAAUUGUAGUGAAUAUGUAAUUGAGCUCGUACGACUGGUUGCUUCUAAAUUUGGCGUCGCGGAGGCAGGCUGCUGUAGUCGGAGAGGUGGUCGGUCGGCGGGUGCUGAAUGAGGAUGCAAACCUUUAACGGAGACUGUAGGAAAUAAACCAAUGAACGCGUGACAACGGGACGCUGUGGAGAAGCGUACUCGCAGACAAGUAGGGUCAUGGUGUGCGAGAUUUUAAUGUUUUCUGUGAGAAAUCUGAGAAGAUAGAGGAUUUGUUGUUAGUUCAGAAGGAGAGCGUUAAGCGCUUAGAAUAAGGUGCUGAAGAUUUUGGAAAAGACUGAGAAAAUUUUUGCUUUUAUUAUUACGCUGAAUGGACUUUUGAAUUACUGUCUUGCUGUCUCUGGUCAGCCAAAGGUCCGAGGAUGUCUCCACUCUUCGCGGAACCUGCAUUUAGCCCGCAAACCAGCCACUGACUGACUUUUUACGCACGGAGAAAGCUCGGUUCUCACACACUUUGUUUUCGUGUUUUUCUGGAUGAACAUUGCAAUACAUUUUCAAUGAUUCGAGAUCUGAGCAAGAUGUACCCCCCGGCGCGGCAUCCGGUCCCUCAUCAGCCGGGACAGCCGUUCAAGUUCACUGUCACCGAGUCCUGCGACCGGAUCAAGGAGGAGUUCCAGUUCCUGCAGGCGCAGUAUCACAGUCUGAAAUUGGAAUGUGAGAAACUGGCCAGUGAGAAAACUGAGAUGCAGAGGCACUAUGUCAUGUACUACGAAAUGUCAUACGGGCUGAACAUCGAGAUGCACAAGCAGGCGGAGAUCGUUAAACGGCUGAACGCAAUCUGCGCCCAAGUCAUCCCCUUCCUCUCUCAAGAGCAUCAGCAGCAGGUGGUGCAGGCAGUAGAGAGGGCCAAGCAGGUCACCAUGGCUGAACUCAACGCCAUCAUAGGACAGCAGCAACUCCAGGCUCAGCACCUCUCUCAUGGCCAUGCCAUCCCUGUCCCGCUAACACCCCACCCAGCGGGCCUUCAGCCCCCUCUGCCUCCUGGGGCCAGUACUGCCAGCCUGCUGGCUCUGUCCUCUGCCCUGAGUCACCAGCUGCCACUCAAAGAUGAGAGGAAGCAUCACGAUAACAACAGCGAACACACACGAGACAGAGACUCAGUCAAGAGCUCAUCUGUCUCUCCAUCAGCCAAUUUUCGAACUGGAGAGAAGCAUCGAAGUUCAAGCGAUUAUUCCUCUGACAGCAAAAAACAGAAGACAGAUGAUAAGGAGCUGACCUCCACACGCUAUGAAAGUGAUGGAGAAAAGAGUGAUGACAACUUGGUUGUCGACGUCUCCAACGAGGAUCCAGUGUCUCCCCGAGGAAGUCCUGCACACUCUCCUCGGGAGAAUGGGUUGGACAAAAGUCGCCUGUUGAAGAAAGACCCACCACUGAGCCCUUCCUCAAUUGCUUCUUCAAGCAGCACACCUUCCUCCAAGUCUAAAGAUAUUAAUAUGAAUGAGAAGUCAACAACUCCCGUGUCCAAGUCCAGCACUCCCACAUCCCGCUCUGAAGCCCCCACACCCAGCAGUGCCUCCACCACAGGCCUGAGGUCUGCACCCAGUAAAUCAUCAGGAGUUGAGGCACUGACUCCUGGUCUUCGCACACCCCUGGCAGUGCCCUGCUCGUACCCUGGCCCAUUCGGAAUGGUUCCUCACCCUGGUAUGAAUGGAGAGCUGAGUGGAACAGGAGCAGCCUACACUGGCUUGCAUAACAUUUCCCCACAGAUGAGUGCAGUGGCCGCGGCCGCUGUGGCAGCCUACGGACGCACACAAGUGGUAGGAUUUGAUCCUCACCACCACAUACGUGUUCCUGGACUUCCUCCUAACCUGUCGGGCAUUCCUGGUGGAAAACCAGCUUAUUCCUUUCAUGUGAGCGCUGACGGACAAAUGCAGCCUGUGCCUUUUCCUCCGGAUGCACUGAUCGGCCCUGGCAUCCCGCGCCAUGCUAGACAGAUCAAUACUCUCACCCACGGGGAGGUGGUGUGUGCCGUUACCAUCAGUAACCCUACACGUCACGUUUAUACCGGCGGCAAGGGCUGUGUCAAGGUGUGGGAUAUCAGUCACCCGGGCAACAAGACCCCUGUUUCCCAGCUGGACUGCCUUAACAGGGAUAACUACAUUCGAUCCUGUCGGCUACUUCCUGAUGGACGAACUCUUAUCGUUGGGGGAGAAGCGAGUACUUUAUCAAUCUGGGAUUUGGCUACACCGACUCCUCGGAUCAAAGCGGAAUUAACUUCGUCUGCACCUGCAUGUUAUGCUCUGGCCAUCAGCCCGGAUUCCAAAGUCUGCUUUUCCUGCUGCUCUGAUGGAAACAUUGCCGUCUGGGAUCUUAACAACCAGACUCUGGUUAGGCAGUUCCAGGGCCACACAGAUGGAGCCAGCUGCAUAGACAUUUCUAAUGAUGGGACCAAGCUUUGGACCGGAGGUCUGGAUAACACUGUCCGGUCCUGGGACCUGAGAGAGGGACGCCAGCUGCAACAGCACGACUUCACCUCUCAGAUCUUCUCACUGGGAUACUGUCCAACGGGAGAGUGGCUGGCAGUUGGGAUGGAGAACAGUAAUGUGGAGGUGUUGCAUGUCACCAAACCUGACAAAUACCAGCUCCACCUGCAUGAAAGCUGUGUGCUGUCACUCAGAUUUGCGCACUGUGGGAAGUGGUUUGUAAGUACAGGAAAAGACAAUCUGCUAAAUGCAUGGAGAACCCCAUAUGGAGCCAGCAUAUUCCAGUCAAAAGAAUCAUCCUCUGUGCUGAGCUGUGACAUCUCCAUUGAUGAUAAGUACAUUGUGACGGGAUCAGGAGAUAAGAAGGCAACUGUCUAUGAGGUCAUCUACUAAUAGCUGUGCUUGUU